CACGUUGACGUCGUUUGCAGUCCUUCUGCAAUUGGCCUUGCACGCACCUCAUCUUGGGGCCAUCGCCUGCAUAUCGCGCUCUUGGCUGGCGACAACGACGAACAGCCGAGCACUUCUCUACUUCUCCCCUAAAGAUUUCAGCGAUGGCCUCGACGGACAAAUCGCAAACCCUCCACCCGCCUAGGCUGUCGGCCAUGUUUGCGGGAUCUCCUAGUGCGCCGGGAACCCCGGUGCACACCAUCCAGACGAUGCGCAGGAAGGGUGCAGGCCACAGUGGCCCUUUGACAAAGAUCUUGGUAGCGAACCGUGGCGAAAUCGCUAUCCGUGUUUUCCGCACUGCCCAUGAGCUUGCGAUGCAUACAGUCGCCAUCUUCUCCUACGAGGACCGCCUGUCCGCUCACCGUCAGAAGGCGGAUGAAGCCUACCAAGUCGGCAAGGGAUUGACUCCUGUUGCAGCAUACCUGGCCCAAGACGAUAUCAUCAGGAUCGCUCUUGAGCAUGGCGUCGACAUGAUCCACCCAGGCUACGGUUUCCUUUCUGAAAACGCGGGAUUCGCGAAGAAGGUCGAGCAGGCCGGGCUUGCUUUCGUCGGACCUUCCCCUGAGGUCAUCGAUUCUCUUGGCGACAAGACCAAGGCCAGAACCAUUGCUAUCAAGUGCGGUGUACCGGUAGUGCCCGGAACGCCUGGACCAGUCGACUCAUAUACGGAUGCGGAUGCAUUCAUCAAGGAGUACGGCUUCCCGGUCAUCAUCAAAGCCGCCAUGGGCGGUGGUGGCCGCGGUAUGCGUGUCGUGAAGGAACAGUCCGAGUUCAAGGCUUCCUUUGAGCGGGCCGUCUCCGAGGCCAAAUCCGCCUUCGGCGAUGGUACUGUCUUCAUCGAGCGUUUCCUCGAGCGUCCUCGCCACAUCGAGGUCCAGAUUUUGGCUGACGCUCAGGGUAACACUGUCCACCUGUUCGAGCGUGACUGCUCCGUGCAAAGGCGGCACCAGAAGGUGGUCGAAGUCGCUCCUGCCACUCACUUGCCGGAGGAGGUCAGACAGGCCAUCCUAGCUGAUGCCAUUAAGUUGGCAAAGAGUGUCGGAUAUAGGAACGCCGGUACCGCCGAGUUCUUGGUCGACCAGAUGGGGCGGCACUAUUUCAUCGAAAUUAACCCCCGUAUCCAGGUCGAGCACACCAUCACAGAGGAGAUCACGGGCAUCGAUAUCGUCGCCGCUCAAAUUCAGAUCGCUGCGGGCGCGACCCUUACGCAGCUCGGGCUCACCCAGGAAGCCAUCACCCGUCGCGGCUUCGCCAUUCAGUGCCGUAUCACGACUGAGGACCCCGCGCAGAACUUCCAGCCCGACACCGGAAAGAUCGAGGUGUACAGGAGCGCGGGCGGUAAUGGCGUGCGCUUGGACGCCAGCUCGGGUUUUGCUGGGGCCCAGAUUACUCCUCACUAUGACAGUUUAUUGGUGAAAUGUACCGUCAGCGGGACAACUUAUGAGGUUGCGCGCAGGAAGAUGCUUCGGGCUCUUGUUGAGUUCCGUAUUCGUGGUGUCAAGACGAACAUUCCCUUCUUGUUCCGACUCCUAACCCACGACGUCUUCAUCGGUGGCAAGACUUGGACUACAUUCAUUGACGAUACGCCUGAGUUGUUCAAGCUCGUCCAGAGCCAGAACCGUGCCCAGAAGUUGCUGGCUUACCUUGGCGACUUGGCUGUCAACGGUAGCUCUAUCAAAGGACAAAAUGGCGAGCCCGGUCUCAAGGAUGAGAUCGUCAUUCCUACCUUCCAGAACAGAGAGGACCCCAACGGGCCUCCGCUGGACACCACUUACCCGUGCGAGCAGGGCUGGCGCAACAUCAUCGUCGAGAAGGGCCCUGAAGCAUUCGCAAAGGCCGUUCGGGAGUAUCCCGGCUGUCUCAUCAUGGACACCACCUGGCGUGACGCUCACCAGUCGCUGCUGGCCACGAGAUUGCGUACGCAGGAUAUGGUCAACAUUGCCAAGGAGACUAGUUAUGCUCUGGCGAAUGCGUACAGUUUGGAAUGCUGGGGUGGUGCUACCUUCGAUGUCGCUAUGCGUUUCCUCUACGAGGACCCUUGGGAGCGUCUGCGUACCCUGCGGAAGUUGGUCCCUAACAUUCCCUUCCAAGCCCUCGUCCGGGGUGCCAAUGGUGUCGGUUAUACCAGCUACCCCGACAACGCUAUCUACGACUUCUCCAAGAAGGCCGUGGAGAACGGGCUGGACAUCUUCCGAGUUUUCGACUCCCUUAACUACAUUGAAAACAUGAAACUCGGCAUCGACGCUGCAAAGAAGGCGGGUGGUGUCUGUGAGGCCGUGGUCUGCUACUCCGGUGACAUCGCCGACCCGAAGAAGACGAAGUACACGCUCCAGUACUACCUGGAUUUCGUCGACCAGCUCGUUGCUGAGGGCAUUCAUGUCUUGGCCAUCAAGGAUAUGGCUGGUCUGUUGAAGCCAGAGGCUGCCAGGAAGUUGGUUGGUUCCAUCCGGAAGAAAUACCCUGACCUUCCCAUCCACGUACACUCGCACGACACGGCGGGUAUCUCGGCCGCAUCCAUGCUCGCCUGUGCCGAGGCUGGAGCUGAUGUCGUCGACGUGGCUAUCGAUAGCAUGUCUGGCCUGACCUCUCAGCCGCCGAUGGGUGCUGUAUGCGCGGCCCUUGAGCAGACUGGUCUUGGGACGGGUAUCCGAUAUGCGGACAUCCAGGCGCUCAACUUAUACUGGAGUCAAGUGCGGAUGCUUUACAGCUGCUUCGAGGCGAAUGUCCGUGCCUCCGAUUCUAGUGUCUUUGAUCACGAGAUGCCUGGCGGCCAGUACACAAACCUUAUGUUCCAAGCAGCGCAGCUUGGUCUUGGUACCCAGUGGACAGAGAUUAAGAGGAAGUACAUCGAGGCGAACGAACUGUGUGGCAAUAUCAUUAAGGUUACCCCUUCGUCGAAGGUCGUGGGCGACUUCGCACAGUGGAUGACCCAGAACAAGCUUUCGAAGCAAGAUGUCAUUGACCGAGCUGAUCAGCUUGACUUCCCGUCCUCGGUUGUGGAGUUCUUCCAAGGCUACCUUGGUCAACCAGUUGGCGGAUUCCCUGAGCCUCUGCGGUCACGGAUCAUUCGCGACAAACCGAGAAUCGAUGGACGCCCGGGUGCUACCAUGGCGCCCCUAGAUUUCAAGAAAAUCAAGGCAGAGUUGCGGAGCAAGUUCGGCAAGCACAUUACUGACUCGGAUGUGACGUCGUAUGUGAUGUACCCGAAGGUAUUCGAGGACUACCAGAGCUUCGUAGAGAAGUAUGGUGACUUGAGUGUCAUACCUACGAGGUACUUCUUGGGCCGUCCCGAGAUCGGAGAAGAGAUGCACAUUUCAAUCGAGAAGGGCAAGACCCUUAUCAUUCGCCUGAUGGCAGUCGGCCCUGUUGUGGAAGGACGAGCCCAGAGGGACGUGUGGUUCGAAGUGAACGGAGAGAUUCGUGCUGUGUCUGUCGAUGACAAGAACUCCGCAGUGGAGACUGUGUCCCGAGAGAAGGCCACUUCUGACCCUGGCUCCGUGGGCGCUCCUAUGUCUGGUGUCGUCGUAGAAGUAAGAGUGAAAGAGGGACAAGAGAUCAAGAAGGGCGACCCGUUAUGCGUCCUGAGUGCGAUGAAGAUGGAAUCUGCGGUAACAGCACCAGUCUCCGGGCAUGUAAAACGAGUGGUCGUUCACGAAGGCGACUCUAUCAACAGCGGAGACCUGUGCGUGGAGAUAGUGCACUAGUGCCCUGGGAUGGUUACACGAGUGUUGCCGGGUCAUCGAAAAGAGAACGGAGGUUGCUAGAGAAGCUUUUGUAGAAACUGUUGUAUUCGCAUUCACCUGUGUUCCUUGCAAUGAAUCCAUGUGUAGAUCGCAUUUGCUUAGGCGAACUCGGCUUUAGGGAGCUUCUGGUUACUCUCG